AUGACACCUGCUGUGCCUGUCGAAGGGUGGGAGAAGGCUGCAGCGGACGCGAGACAGCGUGUAUACGACUCCAUACCGGCAGCCUGGCGACUCCCUGCGCAUCUGUUAGAGAAAGCAUCUUCGAGCGCUCUGAAGCCAAGCGACUGCGAAGGCAACGAUAUCGGCAUCCUCAGCGAGAAGGAUAUCUCCAUCACAACCCUCUUGGAUGUCAAUGAGCUGCUAACAGCGCUAGCACAGGGCGUAUGGACCGCACUCGAAGUCACCACAGCAAUCUGCAAACGAGCGGCGAUAGCCCACCAGUGCACAUCUUGCCUCACCUGCUUCUUCCCGCAAGAAGCGCUGGACCGCGCGGGAGAGCUCGAUCGAUACCUCAAGACUGAAGGCAAGGUGGUGGGCCCUUUGCAUGGUCUGCCGGUAUCGUUCAAGGACUUGUACGGCAUCAAGGGCAAGCCGUCAUCAAUAGGGCUCGUGUCUUGGCUUGGAAACAUCGUGGCCGAUGACUCCUUGUGCGCGAAAGCGACUGUGGAAGCUGGAGGCAUUCUGUUUGCAAAGACUGGUACUUCCCAGGCGUGCCUAAUGGUGGAAAGUAUCAACAACAUCUUCGGGGCGAUUCGUAACCCGCAUAACCCAGCACUAAGCGCAGGCGGGUCAAGCGGAGGGGAAGCUGCCUUGAUCGCGGCCAAGGGUAGCAUUGUGGGCUUCGGUACGGACGGCGGGGGCAGCAUUCGCUUCCCGGCCAUGUUUUGUGGGCUGUGGGGACUGAAGUGCUCGAAAGGAAGACUCCCAGGAAAGGGCCUGGCAAGUACUUAUGAUGGCAGUGAGUCGGUGAACGCAGGGCUGGGGCCGAUGAGCCAGAGCGUGUCGGGUCUUGAAGUCAUGCUCCAAACACAGUUAGACGCUGAACCAUGGCUACGCGAUCCAGGCUGUAUUCCCAUGCCGUGGAAGGAGCACGAGGCUGUGCAGAAUUCUCGUAAGUUGAGAGUGGGAAUAAUUCUCGACGACGGGGUUGUCGAACCCGUUGCGCCAGUGAUGAGAUCCAUGCAAACUGUCAUGACGAAGCUUGCCGAAGCUGGACAUGAGCUGAUCGAGCUUCCGGUGCAACUGACGAAGGAUCUACACCGCCGUGGCACGGCAUCUGCAAUGAAGUCCAACGUACAAAAUGGAGGCCGCUCGGUCAUGAAGCAUAUUGAGGCCUCCGGAGAGCCCGUCGUACCUAGGACGGCUGUCGGCUCCGCCCAGUCACUGUUAACGUCCGAGGAAAUCUUCGCCAACCACAUGGACCGCGCGAAGAUAGCCGGAGAGUAUGCUGAAAUAUGGCAGACUUUCCAGCUUGAUGCUAUCUUGGCUCCGGCGGUCGCGCAUCCAGCUCCUCCACAUGGCCAGUAUAUCAGCAACUCGUACGCGACGAUGUACAACAUGCUGGAUUAUGUCGCAGGCAGUAUCCCAGUGACGACGGUCCAAGAGACGGACAUGCCCGGUUCGGCUUGGUUGCAAAAGGAGCCAUAUCCUCGUAUAGAGCCAGUGCGCUUUCCGUACGACCUAGGAGAUGAAGAGAUGAAGAAGCUGUUUACCUGUCGAUGGAACUUAAGGACCAUCAGAGGCGACGACGAGGGCGCGAGGCGAGAUUACGACAGCGGGAAAAAGAGUAACGAGUCAUGUCUGCAAAUCUGA